AUGUCUGGUGACAUCUUUGCGGACUUGCUCAAGGGGAGCGGAAGCGGGAGCGGCGUCGGCUCCGCCGACAACAACGACUCGAACCUGUCUUUGAAACAGCGGAUGGACAGCACGAGGGGCACGCCGGGGACACAGCACAGCGGCGGACUGGACCUCGACUUCUUAGACACGUACGUGUCGAAGAAACCGGCGACAAGCAGCACGGCGUCGUCCGUGAUGGACGAUCUGCUGUUUGCACCUGCAGGUCGUGCUUCGUCCGGCUCCAACCCCAGUUUGAGCGUUAAUGGUAAUGUUCAGCAGAACAGCAGGGCAGAAAGCCUUGGAGGCAGCAGCAACGCAGGGACGGAGCUGCUAGACGACUUUUUCGGGCAGCCCGUGCCGAAGCCCACGCCGGCUGCCUCUGCUGCCGUCGACCAAGCGCCCCUGGCUGCCAGCAGUGCCACCCCGGCACGCCCGUCGUCGCAGGAGCGGAGAGAUGGCGCAUUGGCGGAACUCAUGGACAUGGGGUUCCCCCUAGAGAAGGCAAACGCAGCGUUGGACUCUACCCGCAGCGGCUCGGAUCUCGACGGCGCCAUCUCCUACCUCAUGGAACAGGCGCAUUCGCAGACGGCGACCAGACAGCAGCGGCCGACGCCGGACAGCAGAAGUGGACGAAGAGCUCACAGGUUGGACUCCUCGGCCCAGGCUCCGUCGAAUGGGGACGAUUUUGGAAGCGUGGUGAACGAGUUGUCGUCGGAGUUCAUGUCCACGGCGUCCUUCUUGUUCAACACAGGGAAAAAGAAGAUCCAGGAGGGUGUGGACAUGUACAGACAGCAGCGACUGGAAAACAACGACGGCCAGCCGCUCUGGAUGAAGAACCAGCUGAAGUACAAGGCCAAUUCCAUGAAGGUCCCGAGCUUCACCGACGAGGACGAGCAGGAGAUGGACCCGGAGACUAUGCGACAGCUCAUCCAACAGCAGAGACUAAGAGAACAGCGUGCAAAGCAGGAACGACAGAGGCAGGAGAGGAAAGACACAGGCUCUUUCUCGUCGUCGCCGCUGCCCUCAAGACCCCGCACAUCGUCAUCAUCGUCGUCAUCUUCGUCGUCUCGGACGCACACACCACAGCCUGCUCGUGCCUCCUCCAGAACCGAUAAUUUCGAGAUGUACAAGUCAUCAUCCCGUCAUCGUCCGUCAAGAACAAACACAAACACAAACACAUCCAGUACUGCUCCAGCGUCCAAGUCUUCUGCUGCAGACAUACCAUCGCUGAUUGAAACUUCCACAAUUCCUGCGCCGACUGCUUUUGCUGCGGCUGCGACGUCUACUUCCAAGUUCACUAUCCCACAGUUGGACUCUGCACAGACAAUGUCAUUCACAACGCACAGAGAAAUUGGGCAGGAGAAAUUCAAGGCGGGAGAUUACACGGCGUCGUUGGAGAAUUUCCUUUCGGCCAGCACUGUUAUCCCAGCAGAUCAUCCGUACCAGAUCAUCAUCAGCUCCAAUCUGUCUGUGGUCUACUCUAAGCUCGGGAAUCCAAAGGAACAAUUAGCGAUAGCCUCGAGAGGUCUCAAGCUGAUAUCACAGUCCACGGGAGAUCUGCCCGUAUCGGAGCUGUCAAGCAUCAAUAUUGAGGAUAACAAAACUUUGAAAAACUUCUGGGUGAAACUCAUGACAAAACGUGCCGAGUCUCUUGAGUUUUUAGAGAAGUGGGAAGAUGCAAAAACUGCCUACGAGAAAUUGAUCAAAGAAGGCGAGUCCUCGAAAGCCGUCAUGGACGGCAAAAACAGAUGUGUGAAGAUUCUCAAUCCUCAGGCGCCUCUAAAACCAAGGGCCAAGCCACGGGCACCACCCAGACAGCAAACUUCGGACACUGCUUCUGCACAGAACGGCGAGAACUUGAAACAUGUGAAGGAGAACAAUUUGAAAAAGGAGAAGGAGGAAGAGGAGAAGUUUGGCUUGCACGACAAGGUGGAGUCGCAGUUGGAUAGAUGGAGGUUAGGGAACAAGAGCAACAUUCGGGCCUUGAUCUGCAGCUUGGACACCAUUCUCUGGCCGGAGCUCAACUGGCAGCCCGUGAAGUUGACGGAUCUCGUUUUGGACAAGAAGGUCAAGAUUUACUACAUGAAGGCUGUUGCCAAGACCCACCCAGACAAGAUCAGCAAUAGCGAGUCUGUGGAGAACAAGAUGAUUGCUAACGGCGUCUUCAUAACCUUAAAUGAGGCAUGGGAGACGUUUAAGGAAAGUAAGGGCAUGUAG